AGAGGUAGCGAAAAGAACAGCUUAGUAACAUAGUUCUACACCAUCAGAAAAGGUUAUCAAAGAGAGGAAUCAAUGGCUCAAACCAUGCUGCUCAUGUCUAGUACUAGUGUAUCAACUAGCCAUGUAGUGAACUUGAAGAGAGGACACCCUUUACUCCAAUUCCAAGCUCAAGGAUUAAAGCCUAAACCCUUCUCUCAUUUCUUAUUGAACCCACUCUCUGACAGUGUUGCUACUUCAUCUAGAGGUUUUACCACUUUUGCAGUCUUCAAACCAAAGACCAAGGCAGCUCCCAAGAGGGUUGCAGCACCACCAAAGCAAAAGGUUGAAGAUGGUAUCUUUGGCACCUCUGGAGGGAUUGGUUUUACCAAGGAAAAUGAGCUCUUUGUUGGACGCGUUGCCAUGCUUGGUUUUGCUGUAAGUAAUUCCCUUAAGAACUUCUAUUCAACCAAGCAAUAUUUAGCACUUGAGUAG